AUGCCCUUAUCGAGACCCCGUUCACGCCCACGUAUCCCUCUGUUCCGCAGUCUGAGUGCCAGUGCCGCUGCUCCCCUGCACGACAACGACGACGACGACACCGCCACGGCCCAGGAUGAAAUCCAACCCCGUCAACGCUCGGCAGGCGGCUUCAGUCUCCCCACACUGUCCACCCUCGCCAGCUUCAAUUUCUACCGUCGACCACGGACCAAGUCUCUAGGCAAACGCAAGAGUGUCGCCCCCGUCCGCCCCGACGAAGACAGCACCACCAACGGCCCAGCUGCCGAGCGAGCGAACACCCCCAGACUCAGGCCUAGUGAGCCUAACAAGCCCAAGGAUCUACCGCUGCCGCUGGAGCCGCCCAAUAACAAGACCGGUGACACCGGCACCACCUCACCAGCCACAGUUGCGCCCACCGCACCCACCGCACCCACCACACCCGCCCAGCACCAGCCUGAAGCUGAACCUGCGCCUGCGGGUGACCUCGAAUCCACCUUGGCCCUUGCGGCUCCUGCUUUACCCUCCCCUUCCCUUUCUCUUCACCCAGACACCACAUCCAGCAGCAGCACCACCGCCGCCGACGACAACACCACCACCAGACCCUCCUCCAUCCCGACCACCAACACCCUGCCGACCACGCCGUCGGCCCAUAAUCCUAAUAGCAGUCUCCCCACGCCUCUGCCCCCCUCGGCUCCUGGAGAACCCGUCUGUCCCGUCGUCCGUAUCCAGCGUCCCUCGACUCCGACCCUCCCGACCCUCGCCUCUGUACAAUGCCUUCGACAUGAGACGCUGGACGCUAUGCAGAGAAAAAUAUGGGUGAAGCGACCCGGCGCCUCUCCGACCCGAGUCGAGGUCGCCGAAGACGACCUGGUCGACAAUGUGCGCGAUGUCAUCUUACAAAAAUACGCCAACUCUCUCGGUCGCAGCAUCGAUGCUCCCGACAUCACCCUCAAAAUCAUCAGCCGUGAACACAACAACAAAAAUGUCAGCGCCGAGCGUGCCUUGGGUCCCGAGGAGCCUAUCGGCGCCACGCUCGACGCCUAUUACCCCGGCGGCCAGCAGGUCGACGAAGCUCUCAUCAUCGAAGUAGCCUCCCGCCGCACGCCCCGCCCCUCUCCUCGCGCCGGAAACCACCAGAUCUCCUACUACUAUACCGAUCAGUACCGUCCCGAUGACGCGGCGCGAGAAUACUUCCCUCCCAUGCCGCUCCACUCUCCUCACCUCGCUCACGUCCCCCAUCCCAACUCGGUUGGUCAUUCCAUGGCCGUCUUGACCACCGGCCAGCUGCCCCCUCUCCCGAGUCCCGGGUCACAUGGCCAGAGAAGACAUGCACGGCCCAAAUAUGGCAGGCAGCACACCAGCAGUCCGACCAUCCUCCAUACCGUUCAGCCGAAUGGUCAAGUUAUAGAAUCGAAGGCGCAACUCAACGGGCCCGCUCCGUCGGCAGCCCCCCUCCCAACGCCGCCGGCCCAAGGACCGAACGAACAUAAGCCCUCGAUCACGCCUCCCAACCGAGUCUCGUCUCCCCACGCCGGGCCCAAACUGCGGAGGCGCAGAGGUCCUGCCUUUGGCCGCUCCGUCAACGGUGACCCGCAGGGUCCUCCCAAGUCUCUCCCGGCGGCGGCGAGUCUGUUGGACGGAACUGUUCCCCCCAUCAAUGUCUUGUUGGUGGAAGACAACGUCAUCAAUCUGAAACUACUCGAGGCUUUUAUGAAACGCCUAAAGGUGAGAUGGAAAUCGGCCAUGAACGGGAAGGAGGCAGUGGCUAUGUGGAGGACCGGGGGUUUCCAUCUGGUCUUGAUGGAUAUCCAGCUGCCGGUGAUGAAUGGUCUGGAAGCCACCAAAGAGAUUCGACGACUCGAGGCCGUCAACGGGAUCGGUGUUUUCAGUGGCAGUCCCAUCGAGGCCGCCCUCAAGAGUCCCCAGGUGAACGGGGGUCCGGUGGGCGAGGCGGAUGCCCUGCCCGAUCGCAGCCUGUUCAAAAGUCCUGUCAUCAUUGUGGCUUUGACGGCCAGCAGUUUACAGAGUGACCGGCACGAGGCCUUGGCUGCCGGCUGCAACGACUUCUUGACCAAGCCGGUCAACUUUGUAUGGAUGGAGCGCAAAGUCACCGAAUGGGGCUGUAUGCAAGCACUGAUCGACUAUGAUGGGUGGAGGAAGUGGAAGCAGUAUGCCGAGGACAAGGCCACUGAAGACCCAGCCAAGAAGGCGGCCGACGAGAAAGAAGAGAAGGCCAAAGCGAAGGCGGCGCUGAAAGCCAUGUUCUCACGACCUCCACCGACCACCAAGAAGGACAAGGACGGCGGAGCAACCAGUGGUUCCAACUCGACCACCACGACCACGUCGACAGCGACCAACGCCAGCACCGAGAGAACGUCAACUCCUGUGCAGAAUGGGACGCCAAAGAAAGGAAACAGUACGGGCCAAGGUUCCAGUACAAGAACUCACAAGAGCAGUCGGAGUAUCGCCAGUGGCGGCGGAGCGAGCCUCGAGAGCAUGGCGGAGGAGGACGAAAAGGCAGCAUGA